AUGAGUCAACUGUCUACACUUAACAAUCAUCAGAAACCUGCUAAACCUGAAGAUGCUAGCGGUAGAAUGUCUGUAUCUAGUCUUUCUUCUAAUCCUUGGAACAACGCGCCUGAACAACCACAAACAGGCCACAUGCAUAAUGGAAGUACUGGGAGCUUGCUCAAUCCUUUAUUGUCAGGAAUGUCAAAUGGCGCGUCUCAUCCAUUGAAUUAUCUCUAUGCUCCAUACGCUCAACCUGCCAAAUCAGCUGCCCCUCCUUAUCUGUCAACUAUGAAUCCUAUAGGAACGAGCCCAACGAAAUUGCCUUCCUUGUCUGCCACAAACGUUUCCGGCCCAGCUUCAGGUGGAGUGGAUGCUUCCAACUAUCCGCCCAAUUUUCCGACACAAUCCCGUCCUUCUCUCUGGAAUCCCGCUUAUGAUUCUUCCCCUGGUUUAGAUGGAACAGGGAAUUCCCCUCCAAAGUUCCGUGGCAAUAGCUGCAGUGUUUCAGACGGCCGACUUUCUGUGAACGCUCUAAACUCGCUUACCUCCUUUGAUCCGCAAAAUGCAGGACUUGGCCUUUCUCUUCGGUCAAGAACUCCAAGUUUGGUUCCUGAACAUAUAUUUGAUGACACCGACAAAUCUCUACAAUCGAAGAGUAGCAGUGGCUCAAACUCAUUCAGCGAGUUUACUCCUGAAAGCUUUGACUCGUGCACGCUCCAUGUACUCGACGGUCUCCCAGAUGACAUUGAUAACCGAGAGUUCAGUGGAAUCUUUACAUUUUGUGAAGGUUAUAUGCAAUCAAAGGUUGUAAUCGAUUCGGGUCAUCGUAAAGGAAUUGUUACCUUCAAUAACCCCAAUGCAGCUACCAAAGCUAAGCAAAUGCUGAUGAACACGCCAACCAACACAUUUACAAUCGUUCAGGGAAACCUUCAUAUCAAUGAUAAUUUACAACAACGACCAACUCCGUCGGUGAAUCCUGUUCCGAUGCAAAUGAACAAGAAGGUAGACCCUUUGUUAGGAAAUAUUCGUCCUUCCCCGACCGUGGAAAACUCUCAGUAUCUCGAUUCGAUUUCCGAAAGCAAGAUGUCUUCUUCGUUCCCUAGCCUUGAUGCUUUGCAAUCUUGUGAACCUUUCAAAGGUCCUAAAUCCGAUUACAUGGCACAACCAAGAACUUCUAUUAGAAGCCCUUCUCCAUUGACUUGGAAAAAUAACCAAGCUUUCCAGAAUGGAGGGAUUGGUGAUAAGACUUGGUAUGGGUCCCAAAGUCUUAAGAAUGGAUAUAAUACCACAACCAACAACCCUCUACUCUCUAACGCAGGUUCCAAAAAAAUGACAAAGUUACCGACAACACUGUCAAAUAUUAGUGAAGCCAAUCCCGCGUACGAUAUCCUCGGCAGCCUUGCACCUACAAUUGAGGAUGAACGUUUUACUUUAACUCAGUCUAUCUCUCCUAAAGCCAGAUACCAUGUUGCUGAGAAGCCUACAUAUCAAAAAGAGAACUCUUUUUCAUCUUCACAAGGGCUUGAUCGCUCAAAUCCUUUUGAAGAAGCCUUGAGAAUGGAACGUUUAAGCCCUGCCAAAGAGCUACCAGCAAUUCGACCUCGAGCUAUACCCCUUAACGGUGUAGCACCAUACGAGCCUGAAUUCCAGCGUCCUCCAAAUUGGAAACCGUUGCCUGAUUUAAAUACCGUUAAGUCAAGAACGUCCUUAAAAAAGCGACCAAUCCCCAAAACCCAAAACCUUGAAACUAACUUGCUAUCGUGUUUUCAAGCUGAUACACUGCAAGUAGAAUUUGACCCUAGUGCUUCAGAUGCCACUGUUCACGCAGACCAAAACACUCCCUGUAAUACCAUCUAUGUGGGAAACAUUUCUGGUUAUGACCAAGAAAAGGAAUUGCGAAAACUUUUCUCAACACAACCAGGGUAUCGCAGACUUUCUUUUAAAGUCAAGGGUAGCAACCCAAUGUGCUUUGUAGAGUUUGAAGAAAUCUCUUAUGCUACGAAAACAUUGAAUCAACUUCAAGGAGCCAUCCUAAAAAAUAGCCCUAAAGGAGGAAUUCGUCUAAGUUACUCAAAAAAUCCACUUGGAGUCCGAUCAUCAGAGAGCUUACCCAUAGUUGCAGCGGCUUCGCAAAGAGCCUCCCCCGUCAAAAAUGGAAGUGCUUAUUCUGCAAAAGCUCAAGCCUCUUUGGAUAGAAGCCCACCUUUCCCGUCAAGUGUUUCAAGACAAACAAGUUCAACCAGUCUUCCAAGUAAGCACGGAAAUAUGAGUGAUUUGUUUGACAUAUUUGAAAUAAACACUAAAUAA